AUGGGCUUUCCGGCUUCUUCGGAGCCUCCUCCCCACAUCAGUCCCGGAACCGCCUUGCAUUCCCUGCAACCUCCCAGCUCCGCCCAGCGACCAGGGGGCAGCCCAAAGCGACUAACACUGGCAGUUCAAAGAUCAUUCUGGAGGCAUCUUGCGUUACGGAUCCAGGGAUCUCCCUCUCCACACACACGCAAGAGACCCGCAGCACCGGGAGGCCCCGAGGGUUUGGUCCCUCCGGCAAGAAAGACUUCCUGCGGCGCCCAAACCUUCCUCGUUUGUGCUGGGGCCCUGGAGCCCCUGGCAGAGGCAUCUCCACAGACCAGCUGUGGCCCCACCAUGAAGUCCGUGCAGAAACAGUGGCUACAAGUAGUGUGCGCCUACCAAUACGUGCUCACUUUCCUCUUCAUGGGCCCUUUCUUCUCGCUUCUCAUUCUCUUCCUCCUCUUCACGUCCUUCUGGUUGGUCUCUGUUCUGUACCUGGUGUGGCUCUUCCUGGACUGGGACACGCCCAACCAAGGUGGAAGGCGCUUUGAGUGGAUAAGGAACUGGGCCAUGUGGAAACAUGUCCGGGAUUAUUAUCCUGUCAAGCUGGUGAAAACUGCGGAGUUGCCCCCUGACCGCAACUAUGUGCUGGGUGUCCACCCACACGGGAUCAUGUGCGUGGGAGCCUUCUGCAAUUUCUCCACCGAGGUCAACAACUUCUCCAAGAAGUUCCCCGGGAUUCAGACCUCAACGACAGCGCUGACCAUCCUCUUCCACCUCCCGGUCUAUCGUGACUACCUCAUGUCCUAUGGGCUGCGUCCUGUGAGCCGGCAGAGCCUGGACUUUAUCCUGUCACAGCCCUGGCGUGGGCAGGCUGUCACCAUUAUGGUUGGGGGUGCCCAGGAGUCCCUGUAUGCCAUCCCAGGGAAGCACUGCCUCAUUCUCCGCAAUCGCAAAGGCUUUGUGCGCCUGGCACUGAGGCACGGGGCCUCCCUGGUACCUGUGUACUCCUUUGGGGAGAAUGACAUCUUCAAAUUUAAGGCCUUUGCCACAGAUUCCUGGCAGUAUCUAUGUCAGAUCACCUUUAAGAGGAUCAUGGGCUUUUCUCCUUGCAUCUUCUGGGGCCGGGGCCUCUUCUCGGCCAACUCCUGGGGCCUGCUCCCCUUCGCCAGGCCCAUCACCACUGUGGUGGGCCGCCCCAUCCCAGUGCCCCAGCGCCUGGACCCCACCAAGGAGGAAGUGGACCAUUAUCACAUGCUUUUUUUGGAGGCUCUGGAGCAACUCUUUGAGGACCACAAGGAAAGCUGCGGGGUCCCAGCUUCUACUCACCUCACCUUCAUCUAG